GGUUACGCUCGCAGUAAAUGAAAAUGGGAAAAUGGAUUUCCAUUUUCAUACCCAAACCGAGCAGAAUACUUUUCAUUCGUGCUUGAACCACCGUUGUGUUCAGAAGUGUUUUUUGAUAUAAAAAUUAUUAAUUACAAAUUUUGCUAAAAAAGAACACCUCCUUUUGUAUAUCUCGUAUCUUAAUAACAACAUUUUUAAAUUCAAAAUAAAAAUUUAAUUAUUCCCAAGUUUGAAUUUUAAGAAUGGCAGCUUUUUAUAUUUUGUAUUAUUAAGUGGACUUUUUGAAGAUAAAAAUUCUAAGCUUUAAACCAUAAAACAACAUAGUGUUUCGGUUGAGAGGUUUUGGCAUAACAUAAAUUAAAAAAAAAAGAAAAUAUUAUUUUUGCUUCAGUGUUUUAAUAUGUAGUUAUAUUUUUCGUUUGUUUGCUGUUUAUGAACUUUAAAUUAGCCUCAGAAAUGUUUACGCUCAAGACAUCACUUACAUUGUGUUUCAUACCAACAUUAUUUAAACCAUCAUAAACCCCAAGCUCCAAAGAUACCAAUUGCAUUUGAAGCAUGACAUUUAGUGCACAGAAAUUACCGACAAGCUAUAAGCCAAGUUAAGACAAAGACUUUAAGAGGUUUCUCCUAAUGAAUCAAGAAAAAUCAACAAUUACCAAUUAAUUAGUGCAUAAAACAAAUAAUUGUUUUCUGCGUCUUGAUCCGUUAGCAACAUUGUUGCUAAAUAUUUGUGUUUUUCUUUUCGCAUUUCAAUUUCAAUCAAAAACUACAUUUUCGAGAUUUAAGGAAUUCAUCAAUGAAAACUUUAACAUUCUGCCAAAAAUGUUGUAUAAUUUUGUUCGAAAAUCGGUGCUAAUUAAUAAAGAUUUGGUGCAAUUUGAUUCGAAUAUAAUAAAAUAGAUUAUAAUGUGAUUUGAAUUGAGGAAAGUUGUUUAAGAAAAAGUGUUGCGUGGAGUGUGAAUUUGUUUUUGUUGUAUGUAGCUGAAUGAUAAACGACGCGUAGUUAAGUGUCUUUUGGUUGAUGCGAUGUUCUCAUUUAGUAUAAUUUUUGGAUUUCUACUGCUGCUUGGAGUCUUGAGCAUCUACGUCAAUUGUCUGCACAUCAGUGUGAAGCGGAAGAACUAUGUUCACUUGAAUGGAGUUAAGAUAGACGCAAACUCGUUGCACAACCAUUUGGAAGAACAUGAGAAGGAAUUGAUUUUUGGAAAGUCCGGACAAAAAGGAGAAGUCAAACUGGUUCAAAUCGAACGUCGUGACCAGCAGCGCCAUAAACGAUCUGCCCAAAGUGAAAAAGAUAUCUCCCUACAGAUUCAAGAUAAUGGUAAACUGGUUGACCUGAAGCUCCAGCAGGCCGAGAAGUUAGUCGACGAUGCAUUCAUUUUUAUCAGACGGACUGCAAACACUUCACAGUUCAUUGAAAAUUCGCAUAAAUUGGCUGUGAACUAUGAAAGAUGUUUUUAUCGGAACGCAAAUUCAGCACUUGACCUUUGUGAUGAUUCUAGCUUGCGUGGAAUAGUGUAUCACAAUUCUACCCAUCACAUUGUACAUCCAUUGCCUGAACGAUUUGGUACCGGUAGCCAUGUUAUUGUCGAGUUCAAUGGUGGACUACAUUCAGAUAUUGAUCUCGCCGAAGGUAUUCAUUUUGAACCGCAUAAAGAUUCAUUUGAAGCUUCAGCACACGACGAGGAGCAGAGUUCUGUCCAUCAUCACAGCAAGAGAGGACGUAAUCAAAAUAAUAGAUUUCCAAAGGGUAAUCGUAAGCGAAGACGACGUCGUCGGCGGCGGCGGCACAUAGGACGGCAGCCAUGGAAAAUUCCGCAGGUGCUUUAUGUAGAAACAGCGAUCUUUGUCGAUCGAGAUCUCUUCAAGCACAUGGCCAAGAACUUUCCAAGAAAUACCGAAAGUCAGUUGGUACGCUUUGUGCUGGCAAUGAUAAACGGGGUCCAAUUGCUCUACAAUCACCCAUCGCUGGGACAUCGAAUCAAUUUCGUGUUGAAACGUCUGGAGAUCUUGCACCCACAUCCGAAGGAUCUCAGACAAUCGAGUGAUAUAGAUACUUAUUUGAAUAAUUUUUGCAUGUGGCAGCGUAAUUUUAAUCCACCUUCAGAUGUUGAUCCACUUCAUUACGAUCACGCCGUGAUAUUGACAGGUCUCGAUUUAUACGUCAUUGGUAAAAAUGGAAAGGUGAGUAACCAAGUUGUUGGCCUGGCCCCAGUUGCAGGAAUGUGCACCACCACAUCAUCCUGCACAAUAAAUGAGGGAAAACACUUUGAGAGCGUUUUUGUAGUAGCUCAUGAAAUUGGACACAAUCUAGGAAUGCGUCAUGAUACAAAUGAAAACAGCUGUGAUCCAAGUUUGUACUUAAUGUCACCUACCUUAGGCAGUGGCAAGAUCACUUGGUCAAAAUGCAGUAGAACAUACCUAAAUACAUUCCUUGAAUCAGGUCAGUCGAAAUGUUUAUUUGAUCAUGGUCAAGUCAGUGUAAAAUAUGAUCAUGCUGCUGAAGGUAUACUGCCUGGGGAACGAUUCGAUGCAGAUCAACAAUGCAUGCUGAAAUAUGGAAGGGAUAGUGUACGAUCACCUAACCAAAUUAUCUCCGAUGUCUGUCGAGAUCUACACUGCCAAAGGGAUCGGUACACUUGGACAUCACAUCCUGCCUUGGAGGGCACUUCAUGUGGUGAAAUGAUGCGAUGCCGCAGUGGAGUUUGUUCCAUGAAAGCCACUGUUAUGGAAUCAUAUUCUUCACCUAGGCAAAGUAAUCCGAUUAAAUCAAAUGAAAAGAUGAACUUAUUGGAAAAUGAUGAGAAGUCUGACCGUUUGAAUCAGGGAUAUAAUAGCUAUUUCACCAAACCGCCUACUUGGAGUGAAUGGGGUGAUGCUAGUGACUGUGAUUCUGGAUGUUUGUAUGGUGCAUCCGGUCGUCUGAGAGAGGGAAGUACUGGACUGAAAACCUAUGUGAGGAGGUGCUUGGAUCAUAGACGUCGUUGUCAAGGUCGAGAUAAGAAGUUUGAGUCUUGCAUUGCUAAACAGUGUCUUACCAUUCCCAAGAUGACUAUUGAAGAAUUUGCUACAAAUAUCUGCGAGAGAGCACAAAAAUUCGACUCCGAUCUUACUGGAGAAGGUAUACAAAUCGUCGGUAAUGCAGAGGAAUCAUGCAAGGUUUUCUGUAAGACAAAAUCAAAUGGUACAAAAUCUCGAAAUUGGAUCUACCCUCAUGGCACGACAUGUCGUUCAAAAGAAUUCAAUUUCGAUGACACGUCAUUUUGCAUUGAUGGUCGUUGCGAGAGAUUUUCGUGCGAUAACUCAACUAAAAAUUAUUUCAAAAUGGAUCCUUAUUUUUGUCCACAACAUCCGAGAAUGAACGAGGAGGAGUCUAAGAAUUUAAACAACGUUUAUAAACGUUCAGGGGAAAGGCGAUCUUUUAAAACAAAUUCAGGAGCCCCAGUUCCUGAGCGGAAUAAAUAUGAAAAUGAAGUCGUAGGUAGGAAUUUCCAAACUUCUCGUCCAAAAUGGAAGUCCGAUUCGUAUCAGAAUCAGUGGAAGUAUCCAAUGAGUUUGAAUGAGAAAGAUCCUCAAGAAAGCGAGUGGGAAGUCAAGUCCGGAUGUCACUCAAGUUGCAUGGAAAAGUCUAAAGGAGUCCAAGUUAUAACAUCGAGAAAAACAAGGGCUAGCAGCAUUCAGCUCUGCUCUCACAAAGUCAAGCCUUGUGAUCGUCUGCAAUCCACCACUGAAUUCGCAGAGUCAACCUGCGGACGAUACUCACGUAAGGUUAGAGGUUUAUCGGGAUACGGUAUGCAGAUCUCGCCGAGUGUCUACGACCCGGAUCGAAGUUGUCGUGUUGCAUGUCAAGAUGAAAACCUGCCACAUCGGUUCUACAUAGUCAAUGGAAACUAUGGACAUUUUCCACUGGGAACAAAAUGCUCUCCGUCAGAUGAACGAUAUUGCGUCAAUGGAAAGUGCUUACAAUUUGGCGCAAAUAACAUAGCAUCUACUCAAUCACAUAUAAGUCUGGCUCUAUUCAGAAGUAAACGUGACUUAACGUUCACCCAUAAAGAAGUUCAAGAUAGCAAAAGCCUUAUUAGCUCCGCACCUGUUCAAAUAACAGAAUUGCUGACACAGGACUUUUUAAAUAGUAUUAUAAAUAGUCUUAAUAAUGAAUCACGGAGUCUAGACGAUGACUCCUUAUCGAAUGAUCACAUCGAAUUUACAAAUCCUAUUCACAUCUCAAAAGACGAACUGAUUACGGAAUAGAUAAAUUAAUUAUAAUAAUAUAUUAGUUUAAGUUUUUUAUUUAAGAUUUAAGAAUAUUUUAUACAUUGUGAAGUUAUAGAAAUAAAUUGAUUUAGUUAGAGGUUUUAA